AUGCUGGUUGACGAACUGCAGGACAAGCACGCAGAGCAGGUGGACUGCGAGCAAGAGAAACUAACACUCCCUGACACCGGAUCUCAAUCCGAGAACUCCCAGACAGGCAGCGAACCUAUCAUCCAAAACGAGCCAGAAGAUGACGACGACGAGGAGGAGAUGCUGCCUGGCAAACCAGCUUGCAUUACAAAAACCUUAUGGAAACACUUCAAGCGAUGUGAAAGCCUACGAAUAAAACUAGAUGCUGAAGAUGACGACGAAUGA